UGUGUGCCUAAAUGCCUACCAAUCGCAGACAUCAACGUUUUAUAGAAAGCCAAUGGAAUCUUUCACGGCAAACGCCGUUCCGGAAGCAAGUAACCACAAGUGACACAUCGUAACCGCAUGCUCCUCUUUUUUAUAGCUCUUUGGGCGUGACGUAAUCAGAGUCACCCCGCCACACCACACAGCUAUACUGUAAGCCGAGCAACGGGCAAAUGCUAACACCACAACUUCGCUUUCGCCUGUCAUUUAAAUAAUUGCGGCUUAUUAUCAGUCUGUAACGGGGUUAGAGACACAAUGGUUCACUGGACUUUACUCCAUGUUCUGCUCUGGAAUUCAUUUUCUGUUCAUCUGUCUCAUGCAGUCUCACACACACUGCAGUACAUCCAAACUGCAGUUACACCAGGAAUAGAUUUACCAGAAUACACUGAUGUUGGUCUGGUUGAUGGAGAGCCAUUUGUGUACUAUGACAGUAACAUAAAGAAAUACAUCCCAAAAACUGAGUGGAUAAAGAAGAUCACUGAUGAUGAUCCAGACUCCUGGAGCAGUGGGACACAGACUCAGAAUGAUGCACAGGAGAUCUACAAAGAAAAUGUGUUUACACUAAUGAGGCGUUUUAAUCAGACUGAAGGGGUUCACACACUACAGAGAAUAUAUGGAUGUGAGCUCCAUGAUGAUGGGACUGUUAGAGGUUAUGAGCAGUUAGCUUAUGAUGGAGAAGAUUUCAUCAGUCUGGAUCUGGAACAUGUCACCUGGACUGCAGAUAAACCUCAGGCUCUUAUCACCAAAAACAAACUGAAUACUACAGGAGCUGCUCCUUUUCAAAAAUUCUAUCUGGAGAACAUCUGUAUUAAGUGGUUACAGAAGUAUGUGACCUACGGCAGAGAGACUCUGGAGAGGAAAGCUCGUCCUGAGGUAUCUGUCUUCCACAAACACUCGUCUGUGGUGUGUCACGCUACAGGUUUCUACCCUAAAGAAGUAAAUAUCACCUGGCAGAGGGAUGGAGAGGUCAUGCAUGAGAAUGUGGAGCUCAGAGAGACGUUACCAAACCAGGAUGGAAGCUUCCAGAAAAGAAGCAUACUGAGAGUCUCACCUGAGGAUCUGCAGAAACACAACUACACCUGUGUGGUUCAGCACAGCAGCCUGGACAAGGAGAUAGUGAAGAUCUUAAAUAAUACAGUCUCUGGUGAUUUAACAGAUGGAGGAUCUGCUGCACUGCGUAUUGGUUUUCUUGCUGCAGUCUUGGUUUUUGUGGUUUUUGUUGCUUUUGUUGGAUUUCUCCUCUGGAAGAACAAGUCUGACUUCAAACAAGUUCCACAAAACAUGAGCCCCUCUGAAGAAAAUCCACAAGAAGAAGUCUGACUAUCUUCUGAACUGAGAGAGUAAGAGACUUUUACAUUGUGAUUAUGUAUUAAAUAUAUUCUGGUUCUUUAGUAAAACUGAAUCACAGUUCAGAAGUGAUCAUGUUUAUUUUUGUGUAUAUUUUUUCCAGGAGUCCAGACAACAUAGCAAACUCUCUACAUUUAUACUUAUACACUUAACAUUCAUUCAUUCAUUCAUUCAUUCAUCUUCUACCGCUUAUCCGAACUACCUCGGGUCACGGGGAGCCUGUGCCUAUCUCAGGCGUCAUCGGGCAUCAAGGCAGGAUACACCCUGGACGGAGUGCCAACCCAUCGCAGGGCACACACACACACACACACUCAUUCAUUCACUCACGCAAUCACACACUAGGGACAAUUUUCCAGAGAUUAUACACUUAACAGUCUAAUUUAAAAUGCUUCCAAAUACCAAAAUGUUUAUUCCAAAAAAAGUGGAGUCUUGGAGAUUUUAAAUUGGAAUUAGAUUUUUGAGAUUUCUAAAUUGUACAUUUAAACUCAUACAAUAACACAGUAACAGGGCUACCAGUAAUUUUCAUUUUUAGGACAGUACACUAAUCUGCCCAUGUUACUCUCUGUGUUUUUUCUCAGUUGAUAAAACAAAGCUUGUCUCUGCAACUUUUACAUUUAUAUUGAAAAGUAAAACUCACAAAACCACCAAGAUGAUUACAAAAUAUAACAAUGGAAGACUGAAAGCUUCUGAAUUUCAAUUAAUAUUCAGAAUGUUUAAACUGUAUUGUUACUGCUAGUUAUUGCCUUUUUUUUAUUUUGUGUGAGUGUUUGUUUCUGUUUUUUUUUUUUUGACAUUUCAACAUCUGAACUCUAUCUCAUCCAUUUUAAAAAGUGUAAGCCAACUGUGUAUUUGUCUUUGGUAUUGUAGAAUACAUGGUGUCUUCCUAAUGUGUUUUUGAGGGUUCACCUGUAGAGAUAUUAACUGUAUUUUGACAACUAAGUAUUAAGAUAGAUCACCUGUUGGUCAGUCCCAUUUUUUAUAUUUUGUAAUCUAUAAAUUUCCUCAGAGAUGAACACAGUGGACGAAUUUAUAAUUUGUCUGGCUGUCUAACUGUUAUAUCAUCUAAUAGUAUUAGCCUACAAUAUCAGUAAUUCCGGUGGAUUACAUGAACAGGGUGGCUUUUGGUUUAAGAUUCUUUAACGUUCUCUAAAUGUGUAAUAUCCGUAUUGGCCACUAGAGGGCAUGAAAGGGUCAAGUAUCAAAAUGCCAAGUAUCAAAAUGUUUUACAUUUUGUAGAAAUAUAUAUUUAUGUAUUAAUAUUUUAUUAAUGGUAGAUGAAUGUAACAAUUAAAAUAACCUUAUAAAAAUAAUGACAAAUAUUAUACUUCGUCUAUGCUUCUGUAAAUCUGCUUCAAGGCAAUGUCUAUUGUUAAAGUGCUAUAAAAAUGAAUUGAAAUUAUUAAUAAAAGAAUACUUAUGCA